UUGGUCAGCGGACACAGAAGCUUCGUGAAGGCUCUUCUCUCUCUCUCAUCAGCCGGUCCACCGCAUGCUGCUACACAGCUCCAUGGAACAAGAACAAGGGUGUAUUUCCACCGUCCGCUGACUGGAAAACAAAACCCUCCACUGUAGCUGCUGCUGUCACCUUUUACCACUGAGUUAUCUAUAUCUCUGUUCUUCCUCGUGACCACUGUAACACUGUUAACCGUUACCGUCAGCUAGCUCGAGAAGAUGUCAGUUGUCGGGUUUGACGUCGGCUAUCUGAACUGCUAUGUAGCGGUAGCCAGAGCCGGGGGCAUCGAGACCGUCGCUAACGAACACACCGACCGAUGUACACCAGCAUUUGUUUCUUUUGGACCCCGGAACCGAGCGAUCGGUGCUGCUGCUAAAAGCCAGAUCGUCACAAACUGCAAGAACACAGUCCAAGGGUUCAAGCGGUUUCAUGGCAGGGCGUUUUCGGAUCCCCUUGUGCAGCGCCUCAAAAACAGUUUGGUCUAUGAUAUUGCACAAAUGCCCACAGGGACAACUGGCAUCAAGGUGAUGUACAUGGAGGAGGAGAAGGUGUUCAGCAUUGAACAGGUCACCGCCAUGCUGCUGACCAAGAUGAAGGAGACCGCGGAGCAUGCACUCAAGAAGCCUGUGGCUGACUGUGUUGUGUCUGUUCCCUGCUACUACACUGACGCUGAGAGGAGAUCAGUAGUAGAUGCUGCUCAGAUUGCUGGUCUCAACUGCCUGAGGCUCAUGAAUGAGACGACUGCAGUUGCAUUGGCUUAUGGGAUCUAUAAACAGGAUCUCCCUGCUAUCGAGGAGAAGGCCAGGAACGUGGUGUUUGUGGACCUGGGCCACUCUGGGUACCAAACAUCAGUGUGUGCCUUUAACAAGGGCAAAGUCAAGGUCCUUGCUACAGCUUGUGACCCAGAGUUGGGAGGGAAGCACUUUGACGAGGUGUUGGUGAAUCACUUCUGUGAGGAAUUUGGCAAGAAGUACAAGAUCGAUGCCAAGACAAAGCCCAGGGCUCUGGUCAGACUUUACCAGGAGUGUGAAAAACUGAAAAGAGUGAUGAGCGCCAACUCCUCCGACCUGCCACUUAACAUUGAGUGCUUCAUGAAUGACAUUGAUGUCUCUGGGAAAAUGAACAGGGGUCAGUUUGAAGAGAUGUGUGCUGAUAUGUUUGCCCGAGUUGAGGCUCCACUGCAGAGUCUGCUGGAACAAACCAAACUGAAGAAGGAUGACAUCUAUGCAGUAGAGAUCGUGGGGGGAGCUUCCAGGAUCCCAGCAGUCAAAGAGAGGAUCAGCAAAUUCUUCGGGAAGGAGCUGAACACCACACUGAAUGCUGACGAAGCUGUAGCCAGAGGAUGUGCCCUGCAGUGCGCGAUACUGUCUCCGGCCUUCAAAGUGCGUGAAUUCUCCAUCACAGACAUUGUUCCCUAUCCCAUCUCCUUGAAGUGGCAUUCUGCUGCAGAGGAAGGUCUGAGUGAUUGCGAGGUAUUUCCUGUGAACCAUGCAGCACCUUUCUCCAAAGUGCUGACCUUCUACCGGAAAGAUCCUUUUUCCUUGGAGGCCUACUACAAUAGCGCUAAUGAUCUGCCCUACCCUGAUCCCACUAUUGGUCAGUUCAUGGUCCAGAAGGUUGUCCCACAGGCAUCUGGGGAGAGCUCCAAGGUGAAAGUCAAGGUGCGAGUGAACAUCCACGGUAUCUUCAGCGUGUCCAGCGCCUCCCUGGUUGAAGUGCAGAAAUGUGAUGAGUCAGAGGAACCCAUGGAAACAGAACAGGCCAAUGAAAAAGAUGGAGAGAACAAGAUGCAGACUGAUGAGGAGGAGCAGGGUCAGGGAGAUGGUCAGAAAGAAGCAGAAGAGAAGACGCCCCGUGAGAACGAGGAGAUGGAGGUAACCCCAGAGGAGGGCAAAGGCGAGAAGAAGACCGACCAGCCCCCACAAGCCAAAAAGCCCAAAGUCAAAACAAAAGUGCUUGAUCUUCCAAUUGAAAACAGUCCACAGUGGCAGCUAGCUGAUGACAUGCUCAAUCUUUUUGUAGAAAAUGAGGGUAAGAUGAUCAUGCAGGACAAGCUGGAGAAGGAGAGGAAUGACGCUAAGAACUACGUGGAGGAGUACGUGUACGACAUGAGGGACAAACUACACGGGCUGCUGGAGAAGUUUGUCGGUGAAUCUGACAGGGAUGCCCUGUCAUUGAGGCUGGAGGAUACUGAGAACUGGCUGUAUGAAGAUGGAGAGGACCAAUCCAAACAGGUGUACAUUGACAAACUGGCAGAGUUAAAGAAACUUGGCCAGCCCAUCCAGGAGAGGUACACGGAGGCUGAAGAGAGACCUAAAUCAUUUGAGGAGUUGGGAAAACAAAUCCAGCAGUACAUGAAAUUUGUGGAAGCGUACAAAAUGAAGGAGGAGCAGUACGACCAUUUAGAUGAGGCAGAUGUCAAGAAAGUGGACAAACUGACUGGUGAUGCAAUGAUGUGGAUGAACAGCGCCAUGAACCAGCAAAGCAAACAGAGCUUGGCGGUGGAUCCCUCUGUCAAAGUAAAAGACAUUCAAGUAAAAACAAGGGAGCUGUUCAGUGCUUGUAACCCCAUUGCGACCAAGCCCAAGCCCAAGGUGGAGCUUCCCAAGGAAGACACCCCUGCAGAGCAGAACGGGCCCGUCAACGGACAGGAGAAACCCCAAGAAGAAACUGCAGACAAGGGAACAACUGAGAACACAGGCAACCCCACCUCAGAAACCACAGACAACAAGCCUGAAAUGGACCUUGAUUAAAGCAGCCUAACGCCCCCCC